AUCAUUCCCGCCAAGAUCAUAAAGUAAAAAGAACCCUGAAUUAAAAUUUAAGUUUCAAAGUGUGUGACAAGAGGCUGGGAUUGAAAAUGAAGGGCAACAGGCGUUCAAGUUUCAGAGGACAUAGCAGCAGGUUUCUCAUAAGUUUUACAACACUUUUUCUAGCGUACUCUGUUUACAUUGAUGAGGUAGUAGGAUUACCUACUGAUACUUCAUCUAACACUUGGCCAACUUUUCCACGAAGGAAUGUAGCAACCUUAGCAAGGGAUGGAUAUUUGAGAAGUGCAGCUUCGAGUUUUAAAAGAAGCAUUUCAACAUUAGCUAAAAAUGGCCAGCUUCCGACAUUUAGAUCACCAUAUGACGAAACUGAUAAACAAGAACAAGACGAAGACGUAUCUAACGAGAAAAGAAAUCUAGCUUCGAUAGCUCGACUUCGCAGCUUCAAUGGUAUGAAAAGAAAUGUACAAUCACUAGCAAGAGAUGGUUAUCGAUUUGGAAGAGGCCAAUAUAGUCAGCCAAAUGAUAAACGAAAUAUACAAGCCUUAGCCCGUAAUGGAAUGCUUCAUAAGAGAGACGAUAUUGUUGGCGAUGAGUAUUAUUUUCCUUUUUAUCAAAACCCUGUACCGCCUCUAUCCGAAAUGGAUGGUCCCUUAGAUUUUAAUGAAAUGUACGAUUUUCAACAAUCAAUAAAUCCAGAUAUGUUACCGCCUCUGUCACAAGUUUUUAAGCGCAGCGACGUUGGUGUUCCGGUAGACUAUGAUUCCAAUAUGGAUUACAAUGGUAAUUGGUAUCUUAAGAGGGGUUCUUUUGGGUUGCCUGCGCAUGGUCUUUUUAGACCAAUUUAUAUUGACUCUGCUGGCACUAGGAACAGACGUUCCAUAUACAACAUCCCUGAUGUACUCGACCGAAAUGAUAUCCCAGAAGAUAAUGACAACGGAAAUGAAGACAAACGGUCUGUAGAUAAUGAGGAUGACGUAUCGCGUGAAAAUUUUGAAAAACGUCAUAUUGGGUCAUUAGCCCGGUUAGGUUUAUUACCCUCGUUUAGAUUUUCUGGUGGACGAUAUAGUAGGUCUGGAAGAGCCAGAUUGUUAUUGCAUAGUCAGGAAUUAUACAGGAAGCAUACCCCUGACGAGAAUUUCGGGAUUAGGGAAUAUCUCGCUGAUUCCAAAGCUGACGAUUCAGACGACUCCGACCUACCGACGCCGCCAGUACUUACUAACUCGCACCCGACCGGCCGAUACCUCCACCGACCGUUAAAUAACGACCUUCCAAAUACUCCCCUUCCCCAGUCCCCCCUUUCUCUCAACUAUCCAGACACAUUUGCCAAAAACCGCUGGCAGAGCAAAGAAAACCCGAAGUUUUAUUACUUUAGAUCCUUGAAAGUCCCAUAUCAUUCUUCAGGCAAGCGAUAUUUAUUACUUCCGGCCGCCGAUAACAUUCUCCUUAGGAAGACUUACCGCAACAGCAGUUUACCGAGUCGUCGUAAGAAUCAAUAGCUAUGUCAUUGUAAGCUGGGCGUUCGAAAGUCACUCAGCUUGGUAGAAACCAAAACGUAAUUGAUUUUUUUUUAAUUUUGUAUAUUUUAAUUAAAAAAAAUUAUAUAUGU